AUGAAGCUCUCCAACCUCCCUCUCCGGGCCAUCGUGGCCUCGGUGCUUCUUGCGACAACCGCCGUUGCUGAGCACACGAGCAACUGGGCCGUCCUGGUCUGCACAUCCCGAUUCUGGUUCAACUAUCGCCAUCUCGCCAAUGUCCUGUCCAUGUACCGGACCGUCAAGCGCCUGGGCAUCCCCGACUCCCAAAUCAUCCUCAUGCUGCCCGACGACAUGGCCUGCAAUCCUCGAAAUGCGUUCCCAGGCACCGUCUACAGCAACUCAGACCGUGCCGUGGAUCUGUAUGGCGAUAACAUUGAGGUCGAUUAUCGCGGAUACGAGGUCACUGUUGAAAACUUCAUCCGACUGCUGACCGACCGUGUCGGCGACGAGACACCCCGAAGCAAGCGACUCUUGACCGACGACCGAAGCAACAUCUUUGUGUACAUGACCGGACACGGUGGAAACGAGUUUCUCAAGUUUCAAGAUGCGGAGGAGAUUGGCGCGUUUGAUCUUGCUGAUGCCUUUGAGCAGAUGUGGGAGAAGAAGAGAUACCAUGAAAUCCUCUUCAUGAUUGAUACCUGCCAGGCAAAUACCAUGUACAGCAGACUGUACUCCCCCAACAUCAUUGCCACGGGAUCAUCCGAGCUCGACGAAUCUUCAUACUCGCAUCAUGCCGAUAACGACGUCGGUGUCGCUGUCAUUGACCGAUACACGUACUACAACCUGGAAUUCCUCGAAGCUCACGUCCAGGACCUGAGCAGCAAGAAGACCAUUGGCGAACUGUUUGACAGCUAUGAAUUCGACAAGAUCCACUCAACUGCCGGCGUCCACUACGACCUCUUCCCUGGUGGAGAGCAAGCCGCGCGUAGCCGCCUGAUUACCGACUUCUUCGGUAACAUUCAAAACGUCGAGGUAGAUCGGGCCAAGGACUUGGCUCUGGAGGAAGAACUGGUCGAGCUCAGCAAGACUAUUGCCAUGCUGCGGAAGAGGGAAGCCGAAGAGGAUGCAGCGUACAGCAAUGUCUCGUCCAUUCCUGCGAGCGUCCCCACUGCGCCGCCCAGGAAGAUCCAGGGCGCCAAAGCUCUGACGGAGGAUGACUGGUGGACGAAGAAGGUCAUCGGAGCUACGGCACUUGCGGGAUGUGCAUUGUUAUGGGGAGCGCGUCCCCUUCAGACGCUUUCUCUCACUUCUCGCCCACCUUCGCCACACGCCCUUGCCUGGUCAUGCGAUGCCGAGCUGGCUAUUGCAACGCAAGAGUCCAUUUACAUCUUCUUGCCCGACUAUCUGGGCGGCCACGAUGCUGAUGCUGAUGAGCGAGAUGCCUCCCAGUAUCAGUUUGCAUUGUCUCUCCAGCCAUCCUCCGUUAUCAACCCAAGCACCCGGAUCAAUGGCCAGUUAUGUGCCCAGGUCGGCGUCAAACUACCAGCUCCCAGAACUGGCGAAGAAGGCAGCUUUAGAGGAGUUGGCAAUGGAGCAGUCACUGGGUCUGGCGCGGCAUUGGGCCAGGUCAUUAGGGUAGAAUGGUCUCCCAGCGGAUUGGGCUGCAACUCGCGGCCUGUAUUGAUGGCGCUGACGACUACCGGCAACUUGAUUACUUUUGGAGAGCAGGCAGAUAGCCAGUCAACCGCCACAUCGAGCAUGAGGACUCGAACUUUCAAGAACUGGAGAAUGCUAUGGGGUCUGGGUGCCAAGCUGCCUAUUCCCGAUUCCGAGUCCAGAGAUGGCUACCGGGUCAUGGAUGAGCGCAUCACGUCUUUCUCAUGGGCCAAAGAGAUUGCGCCAGGAAGAGCCUUGUUGGCCUACAUGAACGAUUCAGGGGAGGUUGUCGUCAUGAGUGCUCAGUAUCACCUGCGCCGAGACGCGUCAAAACGUGGCUCUGAGAAAGACUGGGUCUGGACGUUGACGCAGCACGUUAGAAUCGAUGGAAGAGGACCUCAUAAAGAACCUACAGAUCCGCAAGAUCCAGAUUUUACUCCUCAAGGUAGUGCUUUUUCGAUCAAAUGGAGCCCAUGGCUCAUUGAAGAUGGUUAUAAGACGGCAACUAUUGCAUAUAUCGCAAAGAAUCAUAUUGGCUUCCGCAGAAUCAUCUUAUAUGGCGACUGGGAAAGGGGCGAUCUUCCCGACGUGGUAUCCGAGCGAAGUGAUACCACUGGAAUAUGCCUACCCCUCUCCAGUGACGCUUUAGUUGAGUGGGAGGAUGCGAUAUGGACUGAGGGAGACUCUCAUACUGCCCGGGGUAUUGUAUCAACUCCGUUUACUGUGAAGCCUUUCCAAGUUUUGCUCAAUGGCGCUUUGGCAGAGCCAAAGCCUUCACACUCCGUAUGGGAAUGCAAUUCAGCGUAUCCCGACUCAGAUGAGCCAUCGACAAAUCCCAUCACAGGACUCGUUGUUCACGAUCCGGAUCCCGAGAAUAAACCCCCAGCUCCCUUAUAUUCAUUGGUCAGGCUAUCUGCCACCUCUACAAAUCUCGACUGGUACCAGACAAACCUACCCGAAGGAAAUUUGCCACAGUGGGUGGAAGAUAUAGGAGAUCAACACGCCCGCCUAGUGCCUCGAUCUGCCGCUUUAUACGGCGUCGACUCUGACUUUGAAUCAGACUCUGAACACGGAGAAGACCGGACGAUGCAAGAAGCACCUCCAACGCAAGCCGAGCCCGUCUUGCAAGUCCACCCCUACCGCUUUCGCCUCUGGGGCUUGGCCAAGUCCCCCGGCGACGGAUGCACUGCCGUGCUCGCCUCAAAGCACGAUACCCAGCAUCCCGACCGUCGGGGCGUCUCAAACGUUCAGUUUGACUGGCAGGUACCUGCCGAUACAGACGACAAGCCUCAGCGCAUUAGAAAAUUUUCCAAGACGCUUACGACAGAAGGUCGAGUGUGGGAGUGGAUGUACGGCAUGGGAGAGGAUGUGCCCGGCGUGACUCCUGGACAGAAGACGUCCACCACCAGGUUACAAAGUAGUCCAUUGAGACAGCUGUUCAAAGACGUGGUGUUUAGGCUGCCAUGUGUGUUCUGCAGUACUCAACUAUCGAUUAAGGACGACGUGGCUACUUGUGAUAAUCGACACGCAUUCGCCAUAUGCGCCACAUCAGGCAUCCCCAUCCUGGCACCAGGCAUCUCCCGCGUAUGCGGUGUCUGCAAGAUGCGCUGCCUCAAAGUAUCUGAGCUGGAGAAGCUGGCAGAAGAGUAUCUCGGGAGCGUGGACGCGGUGGGCGAUGCGCAGGGCGAAGUGUGUGGUGGGUGUGGCGGCAAGUUUGUCAUCUGA